UCGCACGAAGCACAGAGCCCUACGUCACGUUGGUAUAUACACGGAAUCGGAGCAGCUGCCGCCGAAAAAUCAAUACCUUACCAAACUUCGACGUGGACGGUUGAAAUCGCUUAGAAUCGCGCAAUAUGUUGUUCCGUUCGCAAAUUGUGCACAUGAUGGUGGCGAUGCUCGUGGUCGCCUCGAGUGGCUACCAGGUGCAGUCCUAUAGCUCCAAGGAUAUUUUUGCCGAUGCCUUGCUGACGGAUCUGCUCAAUCGCAUGGACAACGACAUGCAGGUGGGCUACUACGACGUGGGCAACGAGGCAGCCGCUGGCUCCAAGGACAACGUGGACCUGGUCUCCCGGUCGGAGUACGCGAGGCUGUGUGACGGCGGAAGCGACUGCAUCCUGCAAUCGGGCUCGGCAUCGGGAGCUGCCUCCCACCCUUCGCUGCGGGACCACGAGUUCCUGCAGCACAGCUCGCUGUGGGGUCACCAGUUCAUCUCCGGCGGAAUGGGAGAGGGUCCCAACCGGUAUCCCACCAUAGUGAAGAACGACGCCGGCCUGCCUGCCUACUGCAACCCUCCUAAUCCCUGCCCCGAGGGCUACGACAUGGAGACCCAAGGCGGCAGCUGCAUUGUGGACUUCGAAAACACGGCCAUCUUCAGCCGGGAGUUCCAGGCCGCUCAGGACUGCACCUGCGACAACGAGCAUAUGUUCGACUGCUCGGAACAGGAUAGUGCCGAUGUCGGUGCCGAGAAGGGUGACCUGAACUCCGCCGUGGAGCAGUACAUCAUGCAGAUGGGCCAGGAGAACAGCCUGAACAACGUUAACAGCCUGGUUAAAAAGGCCGGAUACCCUGUGAUGCCCGAUCCUCGCCUGGACGACGCGGUCAUGAAUCCGUUCCUCCAGGGCGACCGCUUGCCCAUAGCCGCCAAGAAGGGCAACCUUCUAUUCCACUAAGGUAACUCGCUGAUAACGCGAGCAUACACGACCAUACCUACAUACAUCGUUUCCAUAUGGGUGUCUAAUACUAUUAUCUAUCAUAGCUGGUUAUCAAUGUUGUCCCGCAAGCGAUGUCUAGUAAUGUUUCUCCCUUUCCCGCAAAUAAAGUUAUUCGUAUAGUACCAGGGCUCUAAGCCGAAAA